AGAAAAAAAUAUUCAUACAAACAUAAUUAGAUGAAUUAUUCAUGAUCAAUUAAUUUGAAUCUUGUGGUGGCAAAAAUAAUGGCAGUAAGAAAGGACAACACAUUCUUGCUCUUAACUGAAGCAGUGCUCAAUGGAGAAGAGAAAGUAGCUGAGACGCUCCUGGAAGAGUUUCUUUCUCAAAACUCAAUUGAUGCUUCUGUUAGUGAUGAAGAUGGCACAAGUCUCCUUCACUUAGCAGCUAACUCGAGCCCCAGGAUAGCCUCUAUACUCAUUUCAGCUGGUGCAGACAUCAAUUCCCGUACUCUUACUGAUGGCUAUACUCCAUUACAUGUAGCAGCAAUGAAUGGGUCUGCUGAUGGAGUGAGAGUAUUGUUAGCAGAAGGUGCUGAUCCUACCAUCAUUGACACUGAAUGCAUGACUCCUGCUGAUUAUGCAAUGGAGGAAGGACACUAUGAUAUACUAGCAAUGCUAAAUGGAAUAGGAGAUAAAGAGAGAGAAGAAGUGAGCGUAUGCGAGACGUUUGUAAAAAUAGUAAUGGGAUCUGCUAGUAAAAACUUUGAGGAUAGUAACGGAACAAUUUCUAGUGGCAUUGAUCAAGACAGCACUUUACCAUUUGACAUUAGUCUUUUAGUAUCCAAUAUUGAAGAUAGCGGCACACCUGCUGAUGACUUAUUUUCAUUGCCAACUGCUAACAAAGCGAAAAAUAAUGAGACGUCUUGCUUGAGGAAUAAGUCUAAUGCUGAAGCAGUUGAUAUUGAUGAGACUCUUCCAUUUGAUAUAACAGAUAUUGAGAAUGCUGUCAUCUAUGAUGGUACACCAGAUAAAUCUAUUGUACAGAAAAUGUCAAGUUUGAGACUGGAGAAAGAGGACUUAGAGGAGGAAGAAGCAGAGGAAGAAAGUAGAGAAGAAGCAGAAAAUGAAGCCACUGAAAAUGAAGAAGAAGCGUGUUUACAGAAGCAAGAGCAGGAGAGAGCAGUAUUGUCAUCAUUAACAAAUGAACAAUUAAAGCAAAAGCUUGAAUCGUUAGGUGAAGAGCCUGGCCCUAUAACAAGUGCAACAAGAAAUGCUUACAUUUCUUAUUUGCAAAAGAUACUGGAUGGGACACAACCAGCUGGCAACAAAGGAUACAAAGGCUUUAAGUAUGAGCUUGCUCUGUGUCUUAAUGGCACUAUUGAUAUGCCAUGCCUUCAAAAAGAUGAGAAGACUGUAUUUGCUGAAUUCAGAGCUCCAAGUCAAUCAAAAACAUAUUUCAAUUACAUGCUAUUAGACCCUGUAAUGCUUUCAUCAUCAACUGCUAGCAUUCAGUUCAAUGAGUUUGUAGAAUCAAUAUUCUACAUUGGUAAAGGGAAGAAUGCACGCUCAAUGCAGCACUUAAAAGAUGCAAAACAACUCAAAACUAAAACUGCAGUAAGCUAA